ACUUCACGUAUGUUUAGUCGUCAAAAUGUAACAGUGGGACAGUUUUAAAAUGUGAUUAUUUGUGAAUAAAUGUGUCGUAAUUUUAAUUUUCUCUUAUCGGAAUGGUUUGACUAAUGAAAAAUGCAUUCAUCUGGCACGAAUUCGCAAGAUUCCAGCGAUGAUUCUCACCGCAAAUUCAAUUUGUCCGAUUAUACAACAACUCGAGCAAAAUUCCGUUUUCCACCAAAGCCCCGACUCUCAAAAAGUGUGAAUAAUUCGUACGUGUCGUCGCAAUCCGAUAGUUCAACAAGCGCACAAAAUUUCCGCAAGCCCCACAAGCGGAAACCUCAAUCAAGCCAUCGACUGCCACCUUUGGGUAUAUUUUGGGAUAUAGAAAACUGCCAUGUACCCAAAAACACGAGUGCUUCAGCUGUAGUACAAAGAAUCAGGGAAUUUUUUUUAGAAAAAAAUCGCGAAGCGGAAUUUUUGGUUGUGUGUGACGUGAAAAAGGAGCGUCCACAAGUCAUACAAGAAUUGCACGAUUCACAAGUGACUUUGAUUCACGUUGCCUCCACGUCGAAGAACGCCGCCGAUGAGAAGUUAAGACAGUCGUUGCGACGCUUUGCCGAAGUGUUUGCAGCCCCCUCAGCUGUGGUUUUAAUUUCCGGCGAUAUCAACUUUGCAGCUGAUUUAUCGGAUCUCAGAUAUCGCAAAAAAAUCCGCGUGAUACUAGUUCAUAAUACGAACGUUGCUGAUGCUUUAAUUUUAUGCGCCAAUGAGCACUAUUCCUACAGGACCAUCACGGAAGGGCUCCCGAAGGAAAAGCCCAAGGGGGUGACGAAGGAAUCGUCCUUUUUACAGAUUUCUAAUUUACCGACUAAGAUAAGUGCGUCCACUAUUAAAAAUCGUUUGAAUUUUUUAAGUAAUAAUUGUGGGGGGCGAGUAGUGGAAGUGCAACAUGACGAAGGGGUUGCCUACAUUCGAUUCUCCAAUCAAGAUUUUGCCAAUAGGGCACAGAAACGCAUCCAUGGGGAAGAUGUCUUCGGUAACAAAAUCAAGGCUGUUACACCGACAUUGAGGAGUUACACUGGUCGUAAAGUGAAAGAUGGGGUGUUUCAAGGGGCUCAAGGACGAGACAAAAAAUUCUAUGAGCAAGAGUUUCCUCCUAUCCGUCCAAUGGCCUCAUCGUCGUCUCUUAUGGACACAAAUUAUUUGAAUCGUCGUCUUAGAACACCACAAGAAACUCUACCAAGUCGUGUUCGUCGUACAAGUGUCAGUUCGGAAUACAGCGAUGAUGGUGGUAAUAAAAUGCAAAUAGAUUGUUCAAAACCGGUAGAUCUUAUUAUUUCGAAUCUUGAUCCUGCAUUAAAUAUCAAAGAAUUACGCCGAAUGCUCACGGACUUGUUAAAGGAGUAUGCUAUGAUUUCGAGUUUAAAAGUGAUGGUACAAUCAGAUGGGAUUCCUGUGGCCAAUAUCAGAGUGAAUAAUCAACAAGCAGCACAAUUUAUCAUUUCGCAACUUCAUAGACAGAAAUUGGGACAUAAGAGAAUUGCGGUGUCGUAUGCACAGAGUAAUUCCCCGAAUCUGGAGGAGUUGAGAGCCAUGGUUAUAAGUGUAAUACAGGAAGUCCCCGACAACAACAUGCCCCUGUUUAAAUUUAUGGAAUUGCUCGAAUCGCGUUACAAUUACGCCGUUUCCGUUUCUGAAGUCAACAAAUUGAAAGACAUUUGUAAAAUCAGCGACAAUCUUGGUUGUCGUAUUAUUUCAUUCCCUCAACAAAUGAAAGUUUUUCCACCGCCUAAUUUGAGCAAGACCCUAGUACCGUACUGUACCAUUCAUUGUGCCGGUGGUUUACCCAAUCUUGGUUGGUGUGAACUCAAUACGAAUCAAAAUCCUAAUAUUAUGAUGUCAUUGCGUCAAUUUACUACCAAAUUGGACCAACUACUAAACUUACAUAUGGGUUCGAUGCCUUUGCUCAGUUUUCAAGCGUGCUAUGAACAAGUGUGUCAUGAGACACUUCCAGUGGAUGCUUCUGGGGUUCCCCUCGAACACUUGAUUUCGUGUGUUGCCAAUAUUGAGAUUAAAAAUUCCGGUCCGAAUAAGAACAUAAAAGUGAUUAAACGUGAAUUAAAGGUUGAAAUGGAUGAAGAGACAAUUUUGAAAGCUGUACCACCAUCAUUAGUCCCCAAUAUCAGUCUACUUUGUCGUGAAGUAGUCGAUUUACUUAAAACCACCGAUAGAUGUCAGCUUUUACUCAGUAAAUUCAUACCGGCCUAUCAUCGUCAUUUCGGUCGACAAUGUCACGUCGCCGAUUACGGUUACGUCAAACUGAUUGAUUUAUUUGAAUCGAUUUCACAUGUAGUACAAAUAAUCGGUGAUGGUUCACGAAAAAUCAUUACAUUAUCACAUCAAGCACAAAUGCGUCGCUUUACCUCAGACUUAUUACGUGUUUUAAAAGUCCAGCCGACAAAACAGAUCACUGUUGGUGAUUUUCCAGCCGCCUAUGAACGGGUCAUGAAUCGAGUGUUUAAUCCAGUCGAUUAUGGUUUAUGCACAUUUCUGGAUCUACUCGAUGAAGUGCCCGACAAUGUUGUCGUAAUUAUGCAUAAUGAUGAGAAUUUAGUCAUUUCGGUACCGAAACGUGAACAAACUGCUAAGCAACUAAUGAAAACGAAACAAUUUGCAAUGGAGGUUAUUGAUAUUUUAAGACAUUCCCCUAAUUGUACGAUGCUUUUCACUAAAUUUGUGCCAGCUUAUCAUCACCAUUUCGGUUAUCAAUGUCGUGUUUCGGAUUAUGGAUUUACCAAAUUGAUUGAUCUGUUUGAGGCAAUCCCCGAUGUGGUCAAGAUACAAGAGUUAGUUGAAGGUGAACGCACCAUAAGCCUUACGUUGAACCAAUCGCUCAAGAUUUUGGGUACUCAAAUAGUGAGUUUUGUGAAGAAUUCACCCACUUUGAGUAUUUUACUCGAGGAACUUCCGGGGAUUUACUUGAAAGAGUGCGGUUAUCCGCUCAAACCACAAGUGUAUGAAUCGGAGACGUUGUUUGAGCUAUUGGAGAAACUCAAUGAUUAUGUCCAGGUUGUUGAUACAAGUUCUGGCCAUUUGGUGGUGACUGUUGAUGUUGGUUUUAUUGCUGUUGCUAAAAUUCGUAUAUGGGCCAUUUUAGUAAAGCCUCCAUAUCGUAAAGAAUUUUCAAAUUUCAAAUACGAAUACCAGUGGAAAUACAAUAGUGAUAUUAAUAUUAAUGAUUUGAAACAGUUGAGGAAUGUUGUAACAUUAUCGGUCGAAAACGAUGGAAUCUACAUUGCAUUAACCGAUUUAUAUGUUAUUGCCGCUGAAUUGUAUCACAUAUUGUACAUCAUUGGUGGGUCGAUUUUGUUUGAUAAUUUGAGAAGAUUGUAUUAUGAAUUUUUCGGUAAAAAUAUCCGACUUUCGGACUUUAAAAUCAACACGAUUGAUCAAUUGUACGAACAGUUUGAUUUUUUGUUUUUUAUUUGUGGAUAUAAUAAGAGUGUGCUUGCACUUAAUCGAAAUUUGGGCGAAUAUCACGUUCCCAUACCAAGGCAAAUUUACGAUUGGAACCAUCAAACGAAAAAAUCUCCACCACCGCCUAUACCAAAAUCGUCAGGGGCAAUUAGGAAAUUCAAGGCCCCUAAACCUGACACUCCGCCCACUCCUACUUCAUUUAUUUGGAGUCCAUUGAAGAAUUCCGCACUAGAGUCUGAAAUGAAUCUAGCUAUUGAUUUACCCAUAAUUCAAAAUCCCCAACCGAUAGGUAAUCCCUAUGACUUAAUCUCGCCGGCGAAGCUCCUAUUUUCGAGAAAUCAAAAUCCGUGGGGUAAAGCCCCCGAUCCGGCCGAAUUGCCAAUGCCCGAUAAAUUAAUGCUGAAAGGUGUGUAUGAUGAUUCGACCGAUUCUGGUGUUAAUUCAAAAUUGGAGAAUUCGCCAUCAGAUAAUGAAACUGAAUCAGGGGCUUGCGGGUCAGGUACCAAACGUCGUUUCACAAGUUAUUUGGAUUUCGAUAAUUAAGUAACAUGUAAUUUAAGUUUUCACUGUGAUUGUAUUUGUUAAGUUGUUUUCUUUUAUUGUUAAAGUUGGUAACGCUGUCAAUUGAUAGCGUUACCAACUUAAUUUACUGUCUGUAAUUUACUUAUAAUGUUAAUUUACGUGAAAAAAUGUACUGAUGAAUCAUUUUCGUUGCUCAGAUGUAUGUACAAAUAUUUUUAUAAUCUUUGUGACUUUGUAAUUACGUUCCCUCUACUUUAAGUUUUACAACCAUUGUAGAAUUUUUGCGGAUAAAUAAAUUUAUACUUUUCCAAUAA